AUGACGUCGUCUGCUCCAGCUCCGGGUAUUUACACCCCUGUUCCCACGGUUUUCCCUAAAGACAACGAAACCAUCGACUACGCUGCUAACCUCGCACAUGUGCAAUUCCUCCACCAGAACGGUAUCCACGGGUUCGUUGUUAUGGGAUCUAUCGGUGAAAAUACCCAUUUGGAAGCUACCGAAAGGUACUCUGUGGUUAAGAAUAUCACCAGCAAUAUUUCUGGAUUGCCAAGCUUGUAUAACUGGAAUACCAAAGUUUCCGACGGGACUGUACUCCCAGUGUUAGUAUAUAUUUACCCCGGAGUGUCUAAUAAUACCCAUAUCCUCCCAAAAACCGUGGUUAGAAUUUCAAAACACAAAAACAUUGUCGGGUGCAAGUUUUCCUACGACAAUGUCGCACACUGCACUACAAUUGCCAGCCAAAUGGCCGGAGAAGAUUUUCAUGUCUACAACGGUUUGGGCCACGCGUUUCUCUCGACACUUGUUAUGGAGUGCCAUGGAACCAUCGACGGGAUCUCCGGUGUGUUCCCAAGAAUCUAUGUCAACCUAUGGGACCACAAGAGGACAAAAUUGCAGAGGGUGGCGUCUAAGUGUGAGGAGAAGUUGUGCGAAUUCGGAAUAAUCAGUAUCAAACGGACAUAUUUCGAAGUGGUAAAAGUUGGCGUGCCAUGGUGGGGGAGAGCACCUUUGAACCACGACCAACCGCAAGGAACCUAG